CUGGCCGUCGUCCUGCUCCGAAUUCAUCGUCCACUUCUCUACCACGAUGGGGAGGCCGUCUGGGUACUCGUAGGUGCAGUUAAUGACCAGAGAGGAGCUCAUCAAGGCGCAUAUCUCCAUUUGCAGAAUGAAGCCAAACAGCACAGCUCAACCCUCCAACUCGGUGGACAUUGACAAAGUCAUGGACAUGGUGCUGGUGGUCCUGUACAGCAUCACCAUCAUCUUGGGCAUCACCGGGAAUGGCGUAGUGAUCUGGAUCACGGGCUGCAAGGUGAAGAGGGUGGUCAACAAUGUCUGGUUCCUCAACUUGGCUGUGGCCGAUUUUAUUUUCUGCCUCAGCCGCACCAUCUCUCUCGCUAAAAACCUGUUUUAUGACUACUGGCCCUUCGGGGAGUUCCUGUGCAAGUUCAACGGGUUCUUCAAGUACGCCAACAUGUUUUGCAGCGUCUUCUUACUGGCCGUCAUCAGCAUGGACCGCUGCAUUUCUGUGUUGUACCCCCUGAGUAUCAAGGAGUGGCGCACAUUGCGUUCUGCCUCCUUCAUCAGCCUAAUUGUCUGGGCCUUGGCCGUGAGCUUCAGCCUACCUUAUUUCGUGUUUCGACAGACCUCUCUGGAUCCAUCCAAUGGGAAUCUUACCAAAUGUUCUCUGGAUAUACCAGGGAGUGAGGAUGGACGGCGGAUCCAGCUUGUUCUCUAUACCCUGAGGUUCCUCUGCGGCUUCAUGGUUCCUUUCAUCAUCAUCACCAUCUGUUACAUCCUCACAGCUUACAAGCUGAAGCAAACACGCUCCCCGAAGUACAGCAGGUCCUUGAAGCUCAUCGCCGCCCUAGUGGCCGCCUUCUUCUUUUGCUGGGCCCCCUACCACGUUUUCUUGCUUGCCAAGAUGGUCAAGAAGAAGUCGCCCGUGGUCAGGGUGGGCCUGCCAUUAUUCAAGGGCCUGGCCUACCUGAACAGCUGCAUCAACCCCAUCCUGUACUUCUUUAUGGGAGUGAACUUCAAGAAAAAGCAGCUGGGCUGGAAGCUCUCAUCCAUCUUGAAGCGAGUCUUUGUGGACGACUGGGAACAUUCUCAACGGACUAUGAAGAAGGAGAGCAGCUCUCCGGCCAACACUUUGGAAAACACGGUCAUCUAGAAAUGAUGCUGGUCGUCAUGGAUGGCCACGUCGAACCUCAAUGACCUGUGGGAGCAAUGGCCAGUGUGAAUGUGCAUCGAUGGGACUGUGGGGAUAAACCAAAGUGAAGGAGACGUCACACAAGCCUGAUGUUCACAGACGCUUUAUUUAUUUGUUAAAAUUCCAGACAAACUAGACGACUCCCAGAAAAGUGGAGCCAUUUGUGCAGAGGCACAUCCAUUA